CUAGAGUGUAAUAGGCCUCAUAAACCUGCUGAGGUUGAACAUACCAUGUGGAUGGUCCUGAUGAGAGUGUGCGCUGCCUGCUGACAAAAGAGGGGAAAGAGACGAGUGAUGAGCUCUGUGCGUCAGGACGCACAAGGCAGCCGCAUAUGGCCUGGGUACCCUGAUGUAAACGGGUGAUCUGGAAGGGGGAAGAGUGGACAGUUUGGAAAAAAGCAAGAAGAGGUGCGCAUCAGACAUUCACGAGUCUGAUCUCCGCUCGCAUGCAGACGUUUUUUUUUUUUUUUUUUCGGGGGGGGCACAUUUGCUCGCACCUUGUAGCAGUUCACACCUUGUAGCAGUGGCGGACGGACUGCACGUUACUUCUGUUCAGUUAAUGUUCCUCCGUAGUUUCACGUUUCGGGCAAUGCCAGUGUCGUAGUCACUCGCGGGUCGUCAUUGCUACUACCAGGACGAUGGUGUCGUCGUUAUUUAUUUUGAUGCCCAGACGGGCGCAUUUUCGUGACAGUUGCUUCUGUCCUUAAGGAUUUUCCUUUACGGCUCUCAUUUUUUGGUCUGGUGAUCUUUUUUGCCCCCCCCCCCCUUCACUUUGUCCUUUUAUAUCCCGGUUUGUCUUUAAGAUAGCAGCCUAUUAAUAUUUAAUUCUUAUGCAUCCGCAUGAAGACGGCACCAGAAAGGAGAAAACGAGCGAUAACCGAGCGGGGGAAAGGGAGAAGGAGGCAGCUGGGGAGACAAACCAGAAUGAAUGAGACACUCUGAGCAGCCAAGAAGACGGAGAUCGGAGAAAUCGAGGGUCACCGUCAGGGAGGGUGUGAGCUGAGGAAAGUGGCACCCCACGCACCCGUGCCUGCUGACCACCUUCAAGCUUUAGCAUCCGUCCCUUUUCCCGUCUUCCUGCUAAGCUUCAAACAUGGCUCUGGCGAUCUGGAUCAUCCUCAGCUCUUUUGUGGCUUUUAGCAACAUUGCCCCUUCCUCUCAGGCUCUAAGCCGGUCAAUGAUGCCAUUCGGUCUGAUGCGCCGGGAGCUGGCAUGUGAAGGCUACCCAAUCGAGUUGCGCUGUCCCGGAAGCGAUGUCAUCAUGAUUGAGACGGCCAACUACGGCCGCACCGAUGACAAGAUCUGUGAUGCGGAUCCCUUUCAGAUGGAGAAUGUGCAGUGUUACCUGCCCGACGCCUUCAAGAUAAUGUCACAGAGGUGUAAUAAUCGCACUCAGUGUGUGGUGGUCGCAGGGUCAGACGUGUUCCCAGACCCCUGCCCAGGGACCUACAAGUAUUUGGAGAUCCAGUAUGAGUGUGUCCCCUACAAAGUGGAUCAAAAAGUUUUUGUGUGCCCCGGGACGUUGCUGCGGGUGCAGGUGCCCAGCUCUCAGCAGGAGGCAGAGCACCAGGCGGGGGCAUGGUGUAAGGACCCUCUGCAGUCUGGGGAUCGUCUGUAUGUCAUGCCCUGGACCCCUUAUCGCACUGACAUGCUGUAUGAGUAUGCCUCCUGGGAAGACUUUAAACAGAACAGAGCCACGACUACCUACAAGUUACCAAACAGAGUCGAUGGCACAGGCUUCGUAGUCUAUGACGGUGCAGUAUUUUACAACAAAGAACGCACAAGAAACAUUGUCAAGUAUGACCUGCGUACACGCAUCAAAAGCGGUGAAGCCAUUGUCACAAACGCCAACUAUCACGACACGUCGCCGUACCGCUGGGGGGGGAAGUCGGACAUUGACCUCGCCGUGGACGAGAACGGCCUCUGGGUGAUAUACGCCACCGAAUCCAACAACGGACGACUGGUGGUCAGCCAGGUUAACCCUUACACACUACGCUUUGAAGGCACCUGGGAGACGAGCUUCGACAAGAGGAUGGCGUCCAACGCCUUCAUGGCCUGUGGCGUUCUGUACGCGGUGCGCUCAGUCUACCAGGACGAUGACAGUGAAGCAGGCGGAGACCUGGUGAUGUAUGCCUACAACACCAAUCAUGCGCGCGAGGAGCCGGUCAACAUCGCUUUUCCGAACCCCUACCAGUACAUCUCCUCGGUGGACUACAACCCUCGAGACAACCAGCUGUAUGUCUGGAAUAACUAUAACGUGCUGCGCUACCCGCUCGAAUUCGGGCCACCGGACCCCACCACUGGGCCUCUGACCACCACCCAAGUGACCCCUACUCCACCAUCAAGAUCGUUCACCUCCAGUGCGAGUCCCUCUACCGUACGACCUCUGGCUCCCACCUCACGCCCAAUCGGCUCCAUUAACAAGCAUCCAGAUCUGCGUCCAAUCACAGCCACCGUACCUAUCACUCGCCGGCCACCUCCUCCUCCUGCUCCUCAAGGCCCAGAUCGGUAUUUUUGUGAGACUAAGCUCAUUCGGGGAAUCCAGUGGCCGACCACUCAGCGAGGGGAAACUGUGGACCGACCCUGUCCUAAAGGAUCUCUGGGCAUCGCUUCGUUCCAGUGUUUGGCGGACCAGGUCAUUUGGAACCCACGGGGUCCUGACCUGAGUAACUGCACCUCCCCGUGGGUCAACCAGGUGGCACAGAAGAUAAAGAGUGGGGAGAAUGCUCCUAACAUAGCCAGUGAGCUGGUGAACCACACGCGAGGCCGGAUCCAAGCCGGUGAUAUUAGUUCAACCGUCCGGCUGAUUGAGCAGCUGCUGGACAUACUGGACGCCCAGCUUCAAGCCCUGAAGCCCAGAAAUAAAGAAUCAGCUGGACGAAACUACAAUAAGUUUCAGAAACGGGAGCAGAAUUGUCGGGCGUACAUCCAGGCGGUUGUUCAGACGGUGGACAACUUGCUCCGUCCUGAGGCGCUGGACUCUUGGCAGGACAUGAACAGCACAGAGCAGGCCCACACCGCCACCAUGCUCCUGGACGUCCUGGAAAAAGGAGCUUUCCUCCUGGCCAACAACAUGUACGGGAACCGCUUCUCCGACCGAGCGCCCAGCGUCGAUCUGGAGGUGCACGUCGUCAACACGGAGAUGGACCUUCAGGAUUUGUCGUUCCCGCAGAAUUACGCCAGCGACAGCACCAUCCAGCUUUCAGCCUCCACCAUCAAGCAGUACAGCCGGAACGGACAAGUAAAAGUGGUGUUCAUUCUGUACAAAAAUUUGGGGUCUUUCCUGUCCACUGAGAAUGCUACGGUGAAAAUAGAAAUGGAGGGACCGAACUAUGAGAGGAAGCGACUGGCGGUCAACUCCCAUGUAAUCGCCGCCUCCAUCAACAAAGAGUCCAGCAGAGUGUUUCUGACUCAGCCGGUCAUCUUCACACUCAAACAUCUUCAGAACAAGAAUUACUACACUCCUAAUUGCUCGUUUUGGAACUACUCUGAGCGCUCCAUGACGGGCCAGUGGUCGUCGCAGGGCUGCAGGCUGCUGGACACCAACGGCACACACACCACGUGCUCCUGCAGCCACCUCACCAACUUCGCCGUGCUAAUGGCUCACCACGAGGCGGACGGUCGGAUGCACGAACUCAUCCUGUUCGUCAUCACCUGGGUGGGCAUCGUCAUCUCCUUGGUGUGUCUGGCCAUCUGCAUCUCCACUUUCUGCUUCCUGCGGGGUCUGCAGACUGACCGCAAUACAAUCCACAAGAACCUCUGCAUCAACCUCUUUAUCGCCGAGCUGCUUUUCCUCAUCGGUAUCGACAAGACGGAAUAUCACAUCGUCUGUCCCAUCUUUGCUGGCCUUCUCCAUUUUUUCUUCUUGGCUGCCUUCUCCUGGAUGUGUCUGGAGGGUGUGCAACUCUAUCUCAUGCUCGUGGAGGUCUUUGAGAGCGAGUACUCGCGCAAAAAGUACUACUAUCUGUGCGGCUACUGCUUCCCCGCGCUGGUGGUGGGCAUCUCUGCAGCCAUAGACUACAGGAGCUAUGGGACCAAGAAAGCAUGCUGGCUGCGAGUGGAUAACUACUUCAUCUGGAGCUUCAUUGGACCCGUGUCAUUUGUUAUUAUGCUCAACCUCAUUUUCCUCAUGAUCACGCUCCAUAAAAUGAUUCGCAAUUCGUCAGCACUCAAGCCAGAUUCGAGUCGUCUGGAUAACAUAAAGUCAUGGGCUCUCGGGGCCAUUGCGCUGCUGUUCUUGCUUGGGCUAACAUGGGCUUUUGGCCUCCUCUUUAUUAAUGAGAACACAGUAAUCAUGGCCUACCUGUUCACCACCUUCAAUGCCUUCCAGGGAAUGUUCAUCUUCAUCUUCCACUGUGCACUGCAGAAGAAGGUCCAUAAGGAGUACAGUAAAUGUCUGCGUCACUCCUACUGUUGCAGCCGCUCCUCCACCAGCAGCUCCCACGGCUCCCUGAAGAACUCCGGCCUGCGCGCCAACAACCGCUACUACAGCGGCAGCCAAGCUCGCCAUGCAGCUGCCCACAGACAGAGUCGAAUCCGUAGGAUGUGGAACGACACGGUUCGAAAGCAGACAGAAUCUUCAUUCAUGGCAGGAGACAUAAACAGCACCCCGACACUCAACCGCGCGACCAUGGGCAACCACCUUCUGACAAACCCGGUGUUACAGACCCGCUCUGGUACUUCACCCUACAACACUCUGCUGGCUGAAAGCUUCACCCCGCCCUCACCUGGAGUCUUCAACUCCACAGGAACUUUCCGUGACCCAAAGAGUACACUUUCUAAGCCCCGGGACCCUUGUGGAAUGGAGACCCUUCCGCUAAAUGGUAACUUCAACAACAGCUACUCCAUGCGAAGUGGCCCAGCGGGCGGAGGUGGCGGCAGCUGUGACUUUCUUAGCGGUAGUGGCGGAGACACUCCUCCGCCCAUUUUCAACCCUCGUAGUUCAGAAACCCUGGGAGGCGGAGGCACCCGGCGAAACCUCUCUGACGCCGCAGCCUUUGAGAAAAUGAUCAUCUCCGAGCUUGUCCAUAACAACCUGCGGGGCGGCGUAGGCGGAGGACCUGCAGGAGGCGGAACUGACGCGGGGGACAGAACUUAUGCCAGUCUGGUCAGGGGACAUCCUCACUGCGGAGUGGGUCGGGGAACAACCGCGGGCGGACCAGAGCCUUCCAUCAGCAUGGACGAGGACGACGAGUUUCUGAGUGACGGACGGCAAAGAACACCUCAGGACGUAGAGCUGCUUUACAAAGCUCUGGAAGAACCCCUGCUGUUGCAGCGCGCCCAGUCAGUCCUCUACCAGAGCGAUCCCGAGGAGUCGGAGAGCUACACGGCCGACCUUACAGAGAGCCUCGGCAACAGCGGUCAGAGUGGUGGUGGGCAGGGAGACAAUCGAGCACCAGACUCACCUGCCCACGACUCCCUGUACACCAGCAUCACCAACCUGCGGGACUCUCCCUACCCCGACAGCAGUCCAGAGCCGCUGGAGGUUGUGCCGCGUUCAGCUCAGCCGCCUGAAGAGCUGUACUACAGCUCUGGGAGGCCUGCUCUCGGUUCUCGUGGGGCCCCCAUGCAGACCUUCUAUCAGGCCCCACCUCAAAGACCCAGCGGGGAGGGACUCCAGGCUCAGGAGCCCGCCCACACUGAGGGAGACGGACAGAUGCAACUGGUCACCAGCCUGUGACUGGAGCCUGAAGGAGGCGGCUGGAAACUGUCGUAAGGGCCAGAGCCUCCUUUGAGCGGUCUCUUUCUCAUGUGUCUCCACUCUCUGCUUAUUCUGUUGCCUUUAUUUCUCUUGACUUUUAUUUAUCUUACAUAUGAGAAAACUGACUGAGCUUCUGGGGGAGUCACAGCUGACUCUGCUGAUGUCGUCAACGCUCCCCCAUCGCCUGGAAAUGAGCGAUGGGUGUUUUUCAUCAGAGCUUUUGAUACCUCUGUGCGACCCCAGUUUUUGGUACCCUAAGGCCAAGUCCAGCACUCUGAAUGUACCAAUCCACUCCCCCCGUUACCUUUGGAUAUUUCAAAACUUUCAAACUUUGUUAAAAGAAAUGUAUGUGUUCAGACCCGCCUCAAGAGAUGAGGAUAUUGUUUUAUAUUUUGUCUCAUUUCCUUUUCUUACCAUCUUUAGAUCUUUUUUUUUUAAGUCAUCAUUUGAUAGGGGUAGUUAGCUGUGCAGACAGGGAAUAUUGUACACUAUUAUUACCUAAAAUAUCUCACAGAAAGCUCUUCAUUGUUGCCAAAAAUAUCUUUUAUUGAGCCAGAACAGAAACUAGAACAUUUACAAGGCAAAUACACACACACACACUUGUUCUCUCUCUUUUUCUCUCUCUCUCUCUCUCUCUCUGUCACACACACACACACACUCUCUCAUCCUGAAGUGCUUGUUUCUGAACAUCAAAAAAAAAAAAAGAAAAAAAAAGCAAAGACAAUACUCCAUUUAA